AUGACUGGCCUCAAUCCAAUUACCUCGCCGGCAGGGUUUCUAUCACACUGUAAAGAUGACCAUGACCAUGUGGCACAUCUGGAGAAUGACAGCAAUUGUGAACCCGUUCCGUUCCCAAUCGCUAUUGUCGGUAUGUCAAUGAGGCUCCCAGGUGGCAUCAAUUGUGAAAAAGAGCUCUGGGAUUUGUUGAUCAACAAGCGCGAUGGCCGUUGCACGGUUCCUGAGGACCGCUACAACAUUGAGGCCUUCUACGAUGAAAGCCGUCCCGGUGCAAUUCGGACCCAACACGGUUACUUCCUUCAGCAAGACAUAUCACACGUUGAUGCUGCAUUCUUUGGUAUGAGCAAGAUCGAAGCCGCGAAGCUUGACCCCCAACAACGAAUACUGCUUGAGGUUGUAUGGGAAUGCAUGGAGAACGCAGGACAGAUUCCUGCCCAGUGCCGAGGGAAAAACAUUGGAUGUUAUGUUGGAGUGUUUGGGGAGGACUGGCUGGAUCUUAUGAGCAAGGACACGCAAGCCAUUGAUCGUUUCAGGGUAGUCAGCGCAGCUGAUUUUGCGCUAUCAAACCGAGUAUCUUAUGAGUUUGACUUACGCGGUCCGAGUAUCACAUUUCGGACUGGUUGUUCCUCGGCACUCGUGGGUCUUCACGAUGCCUGCCAGGCGCUAUAUGCAGGCGAAUGUUCCUCGGCGCUGGUGGCUGGUACGAAUCUAAUUAUUACCCCCACAACGACUACCGCUAUGUCAGAGACCAUGGCACUUUCCCCAAGUGGCGUAUCCAAGACUUUUGACGCUGCAGCAGACGGUUAUGGGAGGGGCGAAGCCGUAAAUGCAAUCUAUAUUAAGCCUUUAGAUGCCUGCCUUAGAGAUGGUGACCCGGUUCGCGCUGUGAUACGCUCUACAGCUGUCAACUGCGACGGCAAAACACCGAGCAUUACAACCCCGGGUUCUCAGGCACAGGAAAUGCUUAUUAGAAGGGCUUAUCAAAAAGCGCGGAUUGCUGAUCUGGCUAAAACGGCAUUUUUCGAAUGUCAUGGAACCGGAACGAUUGUCGGGGAUACGGCGGAAGCCUCUGUUAUCGCUAAGGUGUUUGGUAAAGACGGCAUACAUAUCGGAGCGGUGAAACCAAAUUUGGGUCAUUCAGAAGGAGCAUCAGGGAUUACAAGUGUCAUUAAAAGUGUACUGGCACUCGAGCACCGAAUCAUUCCACCAAACAUACAUUUCGAGGACCCGAAUCCUAACAUACCAUUCCAAGAAGCAAAAUUGCAGGUUCCUGUCGAUCCGACGCCAUGGCCGGCAGAUAGGUGUGAAAGAAUCAGCGUCAAUUCGUUCGGUAUUGGCGGCACCAAUGCUCAUCUUGUUUUGGAUUCUGCCUAUUCUGUGUGUGAAGAGUCUAUGUUCAGGGCUGCAUCCGGCGAUAGGGCAGGGCCGCAUCUUUUACUAGUCUCUGCGAAGUCGACAACUUCGCUGGACAGCAGUAUCAAGACAAUAAACAGUUACCUCGAAGCCACCCCAUCGGCAGUGGCCGAUCUUUCCUAUACGCUGGCAUUUAAGCGGGAGCACAUGCAGCACCGAGCAUUCGCAAUAGCUGAGAAGGAUGGCUCAACUUCGACCUUCGAAAAAACCCGCGCCGUCUGCCCACAGGUCUGCUUUGUAUUUACCGGACAGGGAGCACAGUGGCCAGGCAUGGAGGAACUCUUGCACACCAAAGACUCGGAUCGAUUCCAGGAGGCGAGAUUCUCUCAGCCUCUCUGUACUGCUAUUCAGCUUGCUCUUGUGGAUUUUCUUCAUGACUUGGGGGUCCUGCCAUCGGUCACCUUGGGCCAUUCUAGUGGAGAAAUUGCUGCAGCUUAUGCUUCCGGCGCCAUCACUGCCGCAACUGCUAUCAAGAUUGCGUAUUUCCGUGGCCUGGCCAUGGAAUCGACAAAGACAAAUGGCGCCAUGGCAGCAGUCGGACUUGGGCGCACCGAAGUGGAACAAUACCUGAGGGACGGAGUGGUUGUAGCGUGUGAAAACAGCCCUCAAAGUGUGACUAUUUCGGGAGUCAAGGAAACAAUAGACGAGGUGUUGAAGGACAUACAUGCAAAAGGUGAUAUAUUCGGCCGACGUCUUGCAGUUAACGUCGCAUAUCAUUCAAACCACAUGGAUGAGGCAGGGAAGCUAUUCGAAUCGUUGCUUUCAGGGAUUACCUUUAACAAGUCCAUGAUCCCAAUGGUAUCUACCGUGACCAACGAAACAAUUUCUGACCCUGGUCUUCUGGACUCUUCAUACUGGAGGAAGAACGUGGAGUCCCCGGUCUUGUUCAACACCGCGCUUCAGAAGAUACUCGGCGGUGAUGGGAAGGCCAAGGUGCUUCUUGAAAUAGGGCCACAUUCGGCUCUCGCUGGACCUUUGCGGCAAAUAAUUUCUCAUGCAGAUGCCGGAGGGAAAUGUUCAUACGUACCAACCCUUGUUCGGGGCAAAGAUCAAUGGAGGUGUUUAUUGGCCACGGUGGGCCAAUUACACACCCAGGGGAGCCCUGUCAAUCUAUUGGGUCUUAUUUGUCGUGGCACGACAUUGACAGACCUUGCUCCCUACUCUUGGGAUCAUGAUGAAUCAUUUUGGAACGAGUCUCGUUUAACAAAGGAUUGGAGACUUAGACAGGCUCCCCAUCAUGAACUGCUGGGAAGUCGAGCUCUUGAAUCAAGCGAUCUGGAACCUACGUGGCGAAAUAUGCUGCAGUUGGAAAAUGCUACGUGGAUCAUGGAACACAAAAUCGGGGGAGAAAUCGUCUUUCCAGCGGCUGGGUAUGUGGCCAUGGUGGGAGAGGCUAUUCAGCAGAUCUCCGGGACCCCGGAAUAUUCAGUGAGAAACAUGUUCAUGCGAAAUGCAUUAGUACUGAAAGAAACGAACAUACAAGCCGUUGAGAUGAUUACGAGCCUUCGACCAGCGAAACUCACGGAUCAUCUGGAUUCGGCGUGGUACGACUUCACAAUCACUGCGCAUCAUGACGGGGUGUGGAAGAAACAUUGCAUUGGACAGAUUCGGGCAGAACCAGAUGGAACCGAAUGCGAGGAAGGUCCAAUCGUUCCUUACACACGCAACGUACCAGCCAAGGAAUGGUAUGAGGCCCUGGAGAACCGAGGACUUGAGUACGGUCCCCGUUUCCGUGGACUACGUGAUAUCACUGCGAGUCCGACGAGUACCGAGGCCACAGCAAUGUUACAAGAUGCCAGCGAGCUGACGACUAGCCGCUAUGCCCUCCACCCAGUCGUGAUAGAUCAAAGCCUCCAACUGUUAAGUGUAGCAGGUGCUCAAGGAAUCAAGCGUUCCAUGACCCAGUUAUGCAUACCUACCGCGAUCGAGAGUCUGUAUAUUGCAACUGGACGGGGAUCAAUGUCUUUAAAGGCAAGAUGUGAUGCAGCUGGAAGCACGAUGACCGGUGACACCUUGUUGAUUGCAGAUGAGAAGCCUGUCCUUUCUCUAAAACGGUGUUUCUUUUUCGGCAUCAGCGAAACAGCGCUGGAUGACGAGAACGGACCUUCUACCGCGACAUUAGUCUGGAAACCUCAUGUCGACUUUGUUCAACCCGAGGCGCUACUUCCACCUAUUCCAGACGACAUGGAUCGCGGAAAGCUGGUCGCGGAAUUAACAAAGCUUUUUAUACUGGAAACUUAUCACCAGACAAUAUCAUGCAGUCCGACACAGGAGCAUUUGAGGAAGUACCAGAAGUGGCUGUCCUCGCAAUACGAGAAAAUAAGAGACGAUGCUCCGGGGCUUCAUCCUGAUAUGCGAGACGAGUUUGCCUCCGAUCCCUCAAGUCGUCUGCCGCGGAUUCAAGCACUUGGGAAAGCGAUUAAACACCCUUUGGCAAACAACUUAUAUAUUGCAGCCCAGGAGGUUUUAUCGAAUAUUCAAGGUAUCCUCGAUGAGAAAAUAAGCUCCCUGGAAGUAAUCAUGGAAAGCGAUGCCGUCCGAUUCUUGUACGAAGAAUCCUCUCGGCUAUGCCGCCCGGAAAGCUUUCUGUCCCUACUCAGCCAUUCCCGACCUACCCUCAAGGUGUUGGAAGUGGGUGCAGGAACCGGUGGAGCCACUGCGGUUGCUCUCGAUGGGCUGUUUUCUGCCGCAACUCACAAGGGCCGCAUGUACUCGAGUUACACUUUCACUGACAUAUCAGCGGGAUUUUUCUCUCAAGCGAAGGAGCGCUUCAAGGACUUCCCGGGGGUAAAGUACGAGACGUUCGAUAUAUCCGCGGAUCCCGAGGAGCAAGGUUUUGUCGCGGGAGAUUACGACCUGAUCAUUGCCUCAAAUGUGGUUCAUGCUACCCCAAGGAUAUCAGAGACACUCCACAAUCUUCACAAACUUUUGGCUCCAGGGGGAUGGCUGUUCCUCACGGAGGUUUGUCCCACUGUCCCAGCUUUGAACUAUAUCAUGGGUAUCCUCCCCGGUUGGUGGAGCUCGGAAGAUUCGAGGGAAAUGCCAAUGGUAUCUGUCGCAAAAUGGCACCAGAGCCUUCUGGACGCCGGAUUCACGGGUGUUGACAUUGUACGGUAUGACCUCGACCCACCUUACAGUAUGAAUGCCUAUAUGAUUUCGCGGCGGCCAAGGACUGCAAAAUCUCUUGUCCAAGAUAUCAGUUUCCUCCACAGCGGCACAGUCUCCAGUUGGGCACGCGAUCUCGAACAAGUUUUCUUAAGCAAAGGUGUCAAUGUCCAAUGGUUUACCCUAGACGAUCUACCUUCUUCAGUCAAUGACGUUGUAUCGUUGAUCGAACUGGAUUCCCCUUUCUUCAACGACGUUUCAAAUCAGGAAUUCCAUGCCUUUCAAAACUUUGUUUCACGUGUUAAAGGACAUUGUCUCUGGCUGAUGCGCCCGGUCCAGCUCAAUGACCAAGAUCCUGACCCUAGGUUUGCUCUGGCGCUGGGACUGAUGCGAGCAGUACGGAAAGAAUCUGCGGCAAGAUUUACAACCUUUGAACUCGACCAGAAAGACACCGGUGCGGCAGAAAACGUCAUCCAGGUAUUGCAGAAAGUUCACGAACACAGGCACGAGUCACCAGUAGAUAACGACCACGAAUUUGUUCUCAAGGAUAGGGCAAUCCAAGUUGGCCGUUUCCAAUAUGAUUAUUUCCAGGACCUGAUGGCUAGGAGCGAGGGCCUUGGUCCGAGGUCCAUAGAUAUUGGGUGCUUCGGCAUGUUUGACUCUCUUACCUGGGCCUUGGAUGGACGAGCUAAACCUCUUGGUGAGAGCGAUGUUGAAGUGGACAUUUGCUUUGUUGGGUUAAAUUUCAAGGAUAUAAUGAUAUCGAUGGGUCUGAUGGGAGACACCAGCCAGAUUGGUCUCGAAGCCGCCGGUAUCGUUCGAAACGUGGGAUCAGGGGUGAGAACAAUACAGGUUGGAGACCGAGUUUCAAUACUUGGGAAGGGCCUCAUGGGGACUCGAAAGAUAUUUCCUGCGAGCUUUUGCCUCGUGAUUCCUGAUGAGAUGUCUCUUGAAGACGCAGCAGCGAGCCCCUGCGUUUUCUCUACUGCGAUCUAUUCCUUGGUGAACUGCGGAAAUCUGCAGAAAGGACAGACCAUUCUCAUCCACAGCGCGUGUGGAGGCGUUGGCUUGGCCGCGAUUCAGCUAUGUCAAGAUAUCGGGGCCGAAAUAUUCGCCACGGUUGGGAGCCCGGAAAAGAGGAAACAUCUUGUGGAAACCUUCAACAUUGCCGAAGACCAUAUCUUCGACUCGAGGAGCAUUAGCUUCGAAAAGGAUAUCAUGAAAAAGACCGGUAAUAGGGGUGUUGACCUUGUUUUGAACUCUCUUUCUGGAGAACUGUUGCAUGCCUCGUGGAGAUGUGUUGCUCCUAUGGGUAAAAUGGUUGAACUGGGUAAACGCGAUUUCCUCGGGCAUGGUAAACUCGAUAUGGACGUUUUUGGGGCGAACCGGACCUUCAUGGGUGUGGAUCUUCUUCAACUAGGCGAGCAGAAUCCGACCUUCAUGCGAAACACGAUGGAACAAUUCAAACAGUAUUUGGAUCAGGGAAAGCUCCGUCCUAUCCGCCCCGUCAAUGUCUUCAACGCGUCUGAUAUUGCUAAAGCAUUUAGGCACAUGCAGGCUGGCAAACACAUUGGCAAAAUUGUGCUAGAAAUGCCUCGUGACCCAUCCGAACUUCCAGUGUCCAAAGUGCAGGGUAACGGUGCACUAUUCCGUCACGACGCUUCAUACUUGCUCGUUGGUGGUUUGGGAGGGCUCGGGCGUGCUGUGGCCAGAUGGAUGCUGGAGAAAGGUGCUCGGCAUUUGGUCUUCAUGUCAAGGUCUGGUCUGGAAUCAUCCAAGAAUCGAGAAUUCAUCCAAGAUCUGGAGUCCCAGGGGGAUUGUCACAUCACGACAGUCACUGGGGACGUGACAAGUGCAAACGAUGUUGCACGAGCUGUGUCUGGUGCAACGCGGCCACUCGCAGGAGUUAUGCAAUUGUCCAUGGUGCUACAUGAUCAAACUCUUGAUAAGAUGACGUACGAGGAGUGGACGGAGGUCCUUGCUCCGAAGGUCCAAGGUACUUGGAACUUACAUCAUGCAGUCGAGAAACAGCCGCUCGACUUCUUUAUCCUCUUCGGUUCCCUUUCUGGCGUUGCCGGAAAUAGCGGACAAGCAAACUACGCAGCUGCCAACACCUUCCUGGACGCCUUUGUGACGUAUCGUCACUCAAAGGGGCUUCCGGCUAGCGUGCUCGAUCUUGGUUUUAUGGGUGAUGUUGGCUUUGCCUUCGAAAAUUUCAGCAAAAUGUUGGACCGAGCACGCUUGACAUCCUGGGAGAUUCUGCAGGAGAGCGAUCUUCUUAGAGCCUUGGAAAUCCAGAUAAUCCAGGGCACACCCCAGCUUGCUAUAGGCAUGGGGACAACAAGGCCGCCGUCGGAGAUCGAGAAUGGUGGCAUGUUAGGACAGGACGCCCGCUUUCUUGCAUGGCACAACAUGUUGACAGGCACUGCUGGAGGGGAUACAAGCCACGAUAACGAGCUCAAAGCCUUGGUGGCAUCAAUUAAGCGCGAUCCAGCUCUUCUUGACGAUGCAGCCACUGAGGUCAAAAUCACGCUUGAAAUCGGUCGGAUGGUUGCCACAAACAUGUCAUAUCCCACCGACAUGACAGAGGAGGAGCUUAUUGAAAUUACAAUCGACUCGUUGAUGACUAUCGAGAUACGCAGCUGGUUCCGGCGUAAUGUCGGAAUUGAGGUGUCAAUCGCAGAGAUUUCCAAUGCAGGAACGGUGAAAGGUCUCGGCGCGAUCACGAUGAAGAUCCUCCGCGACAGGCACAAAGCCGGAGAGCUCGAAAAUGUGAAAGGGGCCAUUGUGGAGAUGGAAGCAAAGGAAGUUGAUGAGAUUGCGCUUUUUAAGGAAGAUAUGGCGUUGGCUCAAAAUCUGCAGCCCAUUUCAGCCCAUGUUCCAUGCUGGCAUUCCGAAUCCGAAGGUCGAGUAUUCUUGACUGGAGCAACUGGCUUCUUGGCUGCGUUUUUCCUUUCUCACUUGGCUGGCCUCCCACAGGUGAAGGAGAUUGCAUGCUUGGUACGGGCACCAGAUGCCUCGACAGGCAUGUCACGAAUUAAAGAAACUCUGGAACAUUACGGACUCCCACUAGACUUUGAGUCCAAACUCAUUGUGGUCCCUGGCGAUGUCGCCGAUCCUACCUUCAAACUCGGCCAGGAGAAGUUUGAAUACUUUGCUCAGUGGGCCAGCGUCAUCUUCCAUCUUGCAGCUCGUUGCACCUACACGCUCCCGUACUCGAGCCAUCGCGACGCCAAUAUUCAUGGGAUGUUCAACAUGCUGCGAUUUGCCAACACGAAGCGCCUCAAGUCAUUCCACUAUUCCUCUAGCAUUUCAGCUUGCGGGGCAUCUGUAUAUCUUGGUGGAGGAAAACUUGUUCCCGAGAAUGAGAGACCAGUUCUUGAUGACAUGGUAUCAUUCGUGAAACAGCAUGUUGGUUACAGCCAGAGUAAGGUCAUCGCGGAAAGCAUUGCCUGGAACGCCAUUUCGAAUGGCAUGCCAGUAACGAUCUAUCGCCUGCCCCUUAUAACCGGCCACAGCAAGACGGGGACUUCGAAUGUAGAGGACGCUUUCAGUCGACUAAUGAUUAGCUCCAUCCGUAUUGGAUGUUAUCCGACCGCCCCGGAUGCCCGGUGUCAAUUGAUUCCCGUGGACUUUGCAUGCUCGGCGAUGCUGCGAAUCUCGCUAAGCAGUGACCGGAGUCAUGCGUACAAUCUUGUUAUGCCUGACCAGAAUAAAACUCUGUCAUGGGAUAAGACACUCGAGAUGGUGGGCCAAUCUACGUCGCCCCCUUUAAAACGGGUGCCGCCUUCGGAGUGGACUAACAUCUUCGCAAUGCAUGCGGAACAACAUCUGAAAGUGGCUUCUUCAUACAUUCAGGAAAGGCUUCAAGAAGCCAUGGUUUUCUGGCAGACGGUCAAUACUGAGAAGACCAUGUUUGAGAACACAAAUUGUCGUCGGGCCUUGGCCGAUUCACCGGAGGUCUUGGAGCUGCCUUCCAUGCCCGAUCUCUUGCGGGCCUACUUCGCAGUAUGGUCGAAACUAGCGGAGCAGCAGCGGUAA